AUGAGAGCCACAACGAGAUUAUUAGCCACCGCGACAACCGGGAAUGGCCUGAAGCCCGCCCCGAUGGCGAUCCUACCCCCAAUCCCUCUUUACCGUCGUCUGUUCAGAGCGCACCGGAAGCAUCUGCCGUCAGAGAUGCGCGUGCUUGGGGACGAGUACAUCAAGGCCGAGUUUCGCGCGCAUAAGGACAUCGACAAUCCUGCUCAUCUAAUUGGCUUCCUCACCGAGUGGCAGCUGUAUGCGCAGAAGGUCGAGGGCGACGCCUGGGUUGGUGAGAAACUAGACCCGGCAAAGGUUGAGAAGAUGAGUGAUCAGCAGAUGGGGCAGAUGUAUGAGCUUAUGCAGGCGAUCAAGAAGAGGAGCGAAGAGGGCGGCGAAGAGUAA